AUGGCUGCACGUAAACUAAUUGCUCGUAUCAAUCCAUCUAACAGUGCACUGUUCGUCUGUGAUCUUCAAGAAAAGUUUGCGUCAAACAUCAAAUUCUUCCCUGAGAUAAUCACAACUUCUCGAAGAUUGAUUGAUGCCGCCAGAAUCUUGAGCAUUCCAACUGUGGUCACAGAGCAAUAUCCAAAGGGACUGGGCCAUACAGUUCCACUUCUCAAGGAAGGUCUUGCUGAGAACACUCCGAUUUUCGACAAGACAAAGUUCUCCAUGUGUAUUCCUUCGACUGAAGAUGUUUUGAAGAACGUCCAGAAUGUCAUCCUGGUUGGAAUCGAAGCCCAUGUAUGUGUUCUUCAGACGACUUAUGAUCUUCUGGAGCGUGGCCAUAAUGUUCAUGUUGUCGUAGAUGCUGUCAGCAGUCGUAGUCAUACCGAUCGCCACUUCGCUUUCAAGCAAAUGGAGCAAGCAGGGGCAAUCCUGACUACUUCUGAAUGUGCUAUUCUCGGACUUGUUGGAGGAUCGGAUCAUCCAAAGUUCAAGGAAGUUCAAAAGCUGAUCAUGACUUCAGCCCCUGACACCGGCCUUGUCCCGUUGUCGAAGCUCUAA